AUGCUCUCGGAAUCCGAUGAAAGCACCUAUACGGUGCACGAGGUCCAUCAUGAUGACCACGGCGCCGUGUCAAAGCAGGUGGAAAGUCAGAAGGAGCCAGAGCCGAGCUCGCCGCUGGCGCACUACUACCGCCUCGGGACAAAAGAACGGCACACCUUUGACGAACACAUGCGCCAACUUCGGCAGCAGGUAGCUGCGGUGGAGCGGGAGCGGCAAUUCCGUGUGUCGCACCCGUUCCAGCCAAAGACCUGUACGCCCUCUGCCACUGCCAAAGACGCAGUCACGGGUGAAGCGCUGGCCGACAGCCCAGACCGUUUAGCACAUCCGGUCGCCUCUGGCAUCGGGUCGUUCUCGUCACCGUCGGACGUGCGUCCGGUCUUUGAUCGCCUUGCCGCGCAGGCGGUGCAGCUGGAGAUGCGGAGACGUCACCGCGAGGAACAGCGGCGGCGAGCCGAGGCAGCGUCUCUACGUGGUGCUUUUCAGCCCCAGAUCAACCACACAGCCCCCAUCUACGCUGAGCGCUUGCAGCACCUGGACUUGGCUCCUGUGGAGGAACGACUUCUCCACUACGGCGAGUUCGUCGCUCGCGAACGCCAACGGAAGCAGGAGCUCAAGGAGGUGGAGCAGGCAGUCGCGUGGCAGUCUACACAAGCAUCUCUGGUGGGUGCAAGUACCCCUCAGCUACGAGAUCCGGAGGAGCGUCGCCGACAGCAGGAAGAGUUCCUGGCGCGCAAUGACCGAUUUCUCGCAGAGCGGUCGAAGCACCGCCAAUACGCAGAGGCGGCCGCCGCGGAGGCCUUCACAUUUCAGCCCAAAAUCUCCGCUACGUCCGCUGCGCUUGACGAGGCCCGCCAGCGCUCUGCAAACGACGUCUCUACUGUCGAACUGGGCCAGCUCCUCAACCGCUCUGUCGACGCGCCGGGUCUUAGCAUCUCCAAGACCUCUGCCAGCGCUCGGCGCCGCAGCGACGCCCUCUACGCGUUAGCAGUGACUCGGCAGCGCCAGCGGAUGCAGAAACUGCAUCACAACAGCACUGACAGUGGUGAGAGCAUUGACGGUGUCGACAAAGGCAAAGCUGUCGAGGACCCGAAGGCGACCUAUCAGCCACUGACGAACCCGAUGUCAGAGAAGUGGAUCGCCGAAGGAGCGCACGGGCCAUUCUUCCAGGAGGGAUUUGUUCGUCGUCAGGCACUCUACGAGGAAGUGAAGCGGGAGGAGGCGGCACUCCGUGCCACCGCCACGCAGGAGCCAGAGCUCAGCAACGGCAGACCUGCCACGCACAAGGUGGAUGCACAGCAGGUGAAUCAGCGCCUUUACUACAACGCUAAAAUCGCGCGCGAGGCUGCGGAGCGGCGUAGACAGGCUCUGACGAGUGCACGUGAGUGUCCCUUCCGCCCACAACUGUCGCCGGGCACGAAGUACGUGCUGCAGCACAUGUCCUCCCGUGACGGCGAUGUUGUGAAGCGGUUGACGUCGCAGAGUGGCAGAACCCCGAGCCGCGGUGCCCGCGCUGCCGUUGACAGCGAGCUAUACGCUCCCGCACCGGCCCACCAGUCUCCCUUGCAGGGCCACUCUCGUAGCCCUUCACAACAAGGAAUGACCGAGGUGACGAACUCCACUGAGGUCGUGCAUGACACCCGGCAAAGAAGAAGGUCCUUGUGCACGGUGUCACCUCGAACAGAUGCGCGAGGCGAACAUGCCGACAGCAACGGUGACGAGCUACCGGCCCCGCAGCAGCAACAACAGCAACGAAAACCGCAUGGCCGAACUUUGACGCUUGACCAGGUGGAGCACUUUUAUCAGCGACAAAUGGCGGCUCUCCAGCAGCGGCAGGACGUGAUUCAAGAGCGCAGGGAGGGAAAGGCGAUGGAGGAACUUGUGGAAUGCACAUUUCGGCCCCGCACUAACACGGACCGACAUGUGGGUACAGAGGCUGGCGCGGGGGAGGUGGCGAGCACUGCGGUGUCCGUGAAUCACGUUACUGGUGUCUCGGCGUUUCUUGAGCGGCAGGCCGCCGCACGAGUACGCAAGGCGGAACACGACGAGCUCCUGCGCACCGUGGGCCUUCCACGGCACAAGCGUGUCGGGAGCAACGGAACAUCUUCGCGUAUCACGACCCUGACCCCGUUCAAGUUCCAGACGGAGGUGCGCCGCCAACGAUUGUCGAGCUCCCCGCUUGAGAACAACCAGAAUCGUGAAGCCGCCCCCUUUUCCAUCGCAGCGUUGACGACGGCAGAGCGCGCGUUGCACGAGGCGAUCGAGCAGUCGCGCCGGUACCCGCGCGCAAGCUCGCAGGCGCCGCUCUUUCCUCUUCCCGGGUACGCGCAUUCAAGCGAGGAUGGCGUGCACUUUGACGACCCCGGUCAUGUUGCGGCGGGGUCGAAGGGCGCCGAGGAGCCGACGUCACCCGUACCCCCUUUAAUGGUGUCAACGGAGAAGAAAAGGCGCGGGGAUGCAGCCGGUGUCGGGGUCGGCUACGAUCGUCCAUCGCUCUUCUCCUUGAUCUCACCGAAUACGUUCUCUGGUCGGAACCUGGGCUCCGCCGCUUACGAUUCCGGAAACGGAAAGGGCACGCCUGCGGGGCGCAACUUUGCCAGUGACAAGCCAUCACCAUCUGCCCUGAAAGGCUCCAGGCAACGCCUCACCGCUAGCGCGAAGCGGCACCGUCGAAACCGCUCCGUCUCCUUUGUGGAGGAGACCGCCGACGCGCCACUGGCAGGUGUGUCGCGCAGAGGUGGUAAGUCGUUUGCUGAUCCCGCCCACUUGGCGUUCCUCAGUGGAGAGCUGUGA